CAGGGCUUGGAGGACUCUUCUCAAAGGAAAGGCGCCUUGGACCUUGCUGCUGAUCUGGUCGUGUUGAACGAGGACAGUCAAGAACUGAGUUGCCAUCUGCAAGCGCUCACGUCUCAUUGGGCGUCUCAAUCCUUCUUAUGCCAUCAUCACGGCCCCGCGACAGGGAGCUGCCGGCGCCCAUCCUGGUGGCCAGCAGUUCCCCUGGCCUGGGCCUCUUCGUCCAGCCCUCGGCCCGCCACCACGACAGAUGCAAUGACCGCCUCGGAGACGACAAGCACGGCAUCUGCAAUGACAAGGCCACGGCCAGCGUCUCCGCCGCGGCCGAGGAGAAGAUGCGCAACCACUUCAUCACGAUGCUCGAGAAGGAGGUGCAGCGGCUCUCUGGGCUGUACGAGAGCGAGAAAUGUGAAAAGGAGCAAACCAAGCGGCAGAUGGACACAUUGGAAGGAGAUCUCCGCCGUCUUUCGGAGGAAAACGGGCGGCUCACAGGCCACGCAGGCUCGCUCCAGGGCUUGCUGGAGGAGAGCCAACGGCACAAUCAGCAGGUGCGGGCCCAGCUGUUGGAGAUGGACACCAUUGUGCGGAGAGAGCGGGCGGAGAUUGCAGACGAGAGGCGUCGCUAUGAGGAGGAGAGGCUGCACCACCUGUCGGAGGUGGAGGGCCUGAUGAGUGAGGUGUUCAAAAAGGACGGCCAGAUCGAGACUUACAGGCGGGAGAGGGAGAGGGAGAGGGACGAGCGGAGGACCACCCAGGGGACACCGACGAUGAGUGUCCACAGUGAGGCCAAUGCGAGGGCGGUUGAGAGGGUGCAGCAGUGUGAGCAGAAGGUCAGGGAGAUGGCGGUGAGGCUCAAGGGGGUUGAGGAGGCCAAGGCGCAGAUGGCCGCCAAGAACCAGAAGCUGGAAGCUGUGCGAGACGUGAGGGAGCUACCUACAAGGAUGCCGGCUCCCAUUGACACACGUGUGUGUGUGUGUGUGUGUGUCUUUGCCUCUGCUGCAGGGCCUGCAGAAGACAGUGAGUGACCUUGAAACGGCCCAAGAGGCCAUGAAGGUACGGCACGGACCCUCACAAGCCGCGAGGGCGUUCGCUCAUGAGACAUCUUCUCUCGCAGGCUCGCGAGAAGAAGCUCCAGGACCAGUUAAAGCAGAAGAACGCAAGAAUUGGGGUAAGACACGACAUCUAGGGCCCGAACAUGACAGGCAAUCGGUCAUCCAUGCACUGCAGGUGCUCGAAGACCGUCUCAGAGACCUGCAGCAGUCACUCGCCAGACAAGACGCGCCACACCCCCUCUCUCACACCGCUGCCGAGGCCUCUCCGUCUGUCAGCCAAAUGUCAGUCGCCUCAUCUCGCCUGCCGCUGCGAGGCAUCAAGCCCGGCCCGCUGUCAGAGAUCAUGGGCAGGCCGUCGGGUCUAUCGGCCACCUUCCCCAAAAGCGAUGCCUUGUCCAGGGCCUCACAGCCACGGCCGCGUCGGCUGCCGAGGCUGAGACACACGAGCACCGCCAUGUCUGAGGCGCCUCCUGCUGCCGUUGGUGCCUCUGCUGAGCCACACAAGGCAGGGGGAAGGUCAGUGCUCCGCCAGAAGGGGAGGCUGCCCAAGAUCACCUCAGCAGUUCCUGAUGUCGACAAAACGGCCAGCCUUCCUGGAAGUGACUACGUGUUCGUCUCGCCGCUAAGGCCACUGCCCCCCACCCCAGCCAUGCAGACCAUCGCCGCUGCUGCCGCACUGAGCAGAGAGCAGCCGCAGCACCCGCCAACACGGCUGAGACGGAAGCCAAGAGCCGCAGAGAGGAUCCCACCACCCAUACCUGAAGGCGAGGAGAACCCCCCUUCAGAGAAGAGAAAGGACCAUAUGCAUCCUUUUGUGAGGGAUUUGUAUGGCGAAGGGCUCAAGGGUGUGGUGGUUGAGGAGCGGCGGUGGGCUGAUGAGGUGCGGCAGCUAGACGAUACGCGGAGCAGUGAUAGUGACGAUGAUGCGUGUGGGGGUGGGGGUGAGUGGGGCAUCGUGUGUGGCGAGGGGGAGGUUCUCACGGCUGUGUCUAGAGUGGCGUGAGGAGGUUGUCGUUGGUCAAGUGCGUGUGUGUGCGUCUACGUGUAUUCGUCGAUCGAUGCACUGAGAGACCGCUGGACUGACUGGAUGCUCUGAAUGAUGUCAACGACACGUGUGGUGCUU